GAAGGAGGGAGGGAAAGAUGUGAGGAGCUCUGUCAGAGAGGAGAGACGGAGGUGAGACAGAAAUAGGAAGCACUACACACAGAUCUUAAACAGACAGACUUGACUGAAAGUGAAAGAGAAGACAAAGAAGCUGGACGGAAAAACAAGGGACUGGUGGAGGGAGGAAAUAAACAUCUGGAUGGUCUCCACAGUGACGGCCAGCAGGUCACCCCCCCCCCGAAGAUGGCCUCCAACUUCAGCGACAUUGUCAAACAAGGCUACGUACGCAUGCGCAGCCGCAAGCUUGGGAUCUAUCGACGUUGCUGGCUGGUGUUUAAGAAGUCGUCCAGUAAAGGACCUCGUCGUCUGGAGAAAUACCCUGAUGAGAAGUCUGCCUACAUCAGAACCUGUCCUAAGGUGACAGAAAUUAGCAACGUCAAGAAUGUCACACGGUUGCCUCGGGAUACCAAGCGACAGGCUGUGGCCAUUGUGUUUACAGAUGAUACCUCACGCACCUUCACCUGUGAAUCAGAGCUGGAGGCUGAAGACUGGUUCAAGACACUGUCUAUUGAGUGUCUGGGCAUGCGGCUCAAUGACAUCAGUAUGGGAGAGCCUGACUUGCUGGCUGCCGGGGUCCAGUGUGAACACACAGAGCGCUUCAGCGUGUUCCUCCUCCCCUGUCCCAACCUAGACAUCUACGGCGAGUGCAUGAUGCAGAUCACCCACGAGAACAUUUACCUGUGGGACAUUCACAACCCUCGCACAAAGCUGGUCACCUGGCCGCUUUGCUCCCUGCGGCGCUACGGACGUGAUGCCACCCGCUUCACCUUUGAGGCUGGACGGAUGUGUGACAGUGGUGAAGGCCUCUACACCUUCCAGACCAGAGAAGGAGAACAGAUUUACCAGAGGGUUCACUCCUCCACACUGGCCAUCGCUGAGCAGCACAAGAAGGUCUUGCUGGAGAUGGAGAAAAAUAGCAGGCUUAUGUCUAAGGGUUCAGAGUCCAGCUCCUACCCCUGCACGCCCACUGCCAUCCUGCCCCGGUCUGCCUACUGGCACCACAUCACUGCAAACCAGACCGGCAUGGAUCCUGGCACUGCCGACACUUCAGAAGACGACCUGCUGUCGAUCCGCCUGCCUCCAGACCGCCAUGACAUGCUGCCCCUGGCAAACACUCAUGCACAGUCCCAGCCCUACAUACACACACACUCCGCGACACACUACCCCACCUACCCUGGACAAUGACACACACAUACA